CGCAGUUAAUAUCAAUAAGAUGGAGUUGGUGGGGCGUGUCUGAUCCCAGGCCAGUACAAAAUCCUCGUGAGGGUGCCCACCUCUUUCUUAGAUCCCAGUGUCGUGUGUCUGUGAGAAGCGAAACACUCGCCUGCACAGCAGACCAGUUGGGAUUUCUGACAGAGUAGCUCCAGUCUUGCUCGCCAAAACAAUCAGUUCUCAGUUGAGUGAUGGGGAAUUCAACGAGCAGCACCGUGGACGACCUGCAGGCCGUUGAAAUGCAUCUGUGGUAUAAGAAGUUCAUGACUGAGUGUCCAUCUGGUCAGCUCACGCUGCAUGAGUUCAAACAGUUCUUCGGGCUCAGAGGCCUGGAUCAAGAGGCCAAUGCCUACAUCGAGCAGAUGUUCCGCACAUUUGACAUGAACAAGGACGGUUACAUAGACUUCAUGGAGUAUGUGGCUGCUCUCAGUCUUGUAAUGAGAGGCAAGAUGGAGCACAAACUGCGCUGGUAUUUCAGACUUUAUGAUGUUGAUGGCAAUGGCUGCAUUGACAGACACGAGCUCCUGAAUAUCAUAAAGGCCAUCCGUGCCAUCAAUGGAAGUGAGUCACAGGAAUCGAGUGCUGAGGAGUUUACAAACCGAGUGUUUGAUAGGAUCGACGUCAAUGGAGAUGGGGAGCUGUCACUGGAGGAGUUUGUAGCAGGGGCACGUACUGAUGAAGAAUUUAUGGAGGUGAUGAUGAAGAGUUUAGACCUUUCGCACAUUGUGGCCAUGAUCCAUAACCGGAGACACAGCGUCUAAGAGACCGUCCGCAUUCAUAUAUGCCACUUACGGUUCUCCCUUAGAGUCUCUUGAUCACAAAACAACUGUCUAAUUCUGAAAGCACUUUAAAGCACGAUCACUUCAAACAGAGAUUUGAGCUAAAGAGGCCAAGAGAUGAAAUUGGUGUGGGACGUCCCACGUCUAAUAAACUUCUUGCUAAGGCUUCAUUGGAAAAGAAUCAGUAUGACAUGGAUGUUUUAUAGAUUAUACAUUUAUAGUUUUAUUAGUUACUUUAUCAACAAAACAUUUAAAAAAUUUUAAAAUACAUAUUUUUGGAUCACUUGUUUUAGAUGCCUCAGAGUAAGAAAUUGAUAAAUAUCUGACUAAUAAGUGGUUAACAAAUACAUUUGUUCAAAAGUUUGGGGCCCUCAAUGCUGCAUUACCGGAUAAAAAAAAAAAACACAUUAAAAACAGUAAUAUU